AGCGCGUCCCUGUCCCUGUCGGGGUCCCGGCGCUGCCCAGUGCCCCAGCCAUGGCAGAGGAGCACGGAGAGCUGGAGGGGAUCAUCGUCAAGGACCAGCACACCAAGGAGAUCGACCUGGUCAACAGAGACCCCAAGCACAUCAACGAGGACGUGGUGAAGGUGGAUUUUGAGGACGUGAUAGCUGAGCCCGUGGGAACUUACAGCUUCGACGGCGUCUGGAAAAGCAGCUACACCACCUUCACCGUCAGCAAGUACUGGUGCUACCGGCUGCUCUCUGCCCUCCUGGGCGUGCCCCUGGCCGUCGUCUGGGGCUUCCUCUUCGCCCUCAUCUCCUUCUGCCACAUCUGGGCAGUGGUGCCCUGCAUCAAGAGCUACCUGAUCGAGAUCCAGUGCGUCAGCAGGAUCUACUCCCUCUGCAUCCACACCUUCUGUGACCCGCUCUUUGAGGCGCUCGCAAAGAUCUGCAGCAACGUCCGAGUUGCCGUCCGGAAGGAGAUUUAGGUCCUGGCAGCUGCCCCAGCACCCUCACACAGCCACCUCUGUGCAGGCUGCCUGCCCUUGGGCACACAGACACCCCUGUCCUGUGAGGGAUCUGCACAUGGACACCCCUGUCCAGUGAGGGACCUGCACAUGGACACCCCUGUGAGGGAUCUGCACAUGGACACCCCUGUGAAGGAUCUGCACAUGGACACCCCUGUCCAGUGAGAGAUCUGCACAUGGACAGCCCAGUGAGGGAUCUGCACAUGGACACCCCUGUCCAGUGAGGGACCUGCACAUGGACACCCCUGUGAGGGAUCUGCACAUGGACACCCCUGUGAAGGAUCUGCACAUGGACACCCCUGUCCUGUGAGGGAUCUGCACAUGGACACCCCUGUCCUGUGAGGGACCUGCACAUGGACACCCCUGUCCUGUGAGGGCCCCACACGGACCCCGUGGCGCA